CGCGACGCUGGCCGGAGUCUUCGCCGCGGACCGGGCUCGCGGAAUGGUGUUGGAUUCGGACUUAAAUGUUUCAGAACAGUGUUUUCAGGGUUUAGUGGAAAUUGUGUAGUUUUGUUUAGCUGCUGACGUUUAUUACCAGGAUGGAUCUUUUGGAUUAUUUCGGGUUUUUUCUCAGAUCAUUGCAUACUGCAUAGACACAGAGAGUCCUUUCCAAGGGCCUCGGAUGAAAACAAACACCUCAAUAAUUGUGGUUGAAAUAAAUCAAAAGAUAAAAUUUGAUAACAAAAUAUGGAGCAGUUUGAGCAACUGUUGACCUGUGCCAUUUGCCUGGACAGAUACCGCAACCCCAAGCUGCUACCAUGUCAACACUCGUUCUGCAUGGAGCCCUGCAUGGACGGCCUGGUCGAUUACGUCAGGAGACAGGUGAAAUGCCCCGAGUGCCGAGCCGAACACCGCAUCCCAUACCAGGGCGUGCAGGGGUUUCCAACAAACGUGACUCUACAGCGGUUCCUGGAACUUCACAUAGAAAUCACGGGAGAGCUGCCAGACCCGACGAGUGGGCAGGUGAUGAAGAGGUGUGGAGUAUGCUCGGAGAAGGCGUACUGCGGCAUGUGCGUCCACUGCGAGAAAGAGAUCUGCGGAGACUGCAAGGGAGCCCAUAUGGACAUCCUAAGGAGAGAAAUCACCAGGAUAAAUAAUCAGGUACGCCGAGCAAUGCAUCGGCUCCAAGAUAUGUUAGCAGUCGUGGAAAAGAACAUGCUGGCGCUACAAACCAACUGCACUUCAGUCUCUGAAGAGGUGGACGAAAUCUAUCGAAGACUGAACAAAGCAUUGAAGGACCGCACUGAAUACUUGCGCUGUGAAAUUGACCGGUACCUCAGCACAGAGCUGAAAAAUUUAAAUACGCUUAAAGAUAAUCUAGAAACGGAAAUAUCCAACAUCCAAUCCAACUGUGAUCUAGCCGAUAAGCACAUGCAAUCCGAAGACAUCGAAUGGGAUGACUGUGAACUGAUGGAUGCCAAAGAGAUAUUUCUAAAAACUGUUGAAUUUAUCAGGAAUUUCGAGGCAGAGACUGGAGACUACAAUAGGAAGGUUAGGUUUAUAAUGGCACACGACCCCAAUCAACUCGUCUUGAACGUUUCGGGAUACGGAGAUCUCUCCAUAAACAUGCCGCAUCAGUUUGUUGGAGUUCAACCAUCGGGUCAGCAGAGUGGAGGGAUGCUUCAGCCUCCAGGUCCUGGUUUGAUGAGAUCGAAGAGUGACCACAGACUUGCCUCGCAAUUCAGACAGCAGGAGGAGAGAGGCUACGACAGAGGAUAUGAGGGCUCUGAAUCCGGUAGGCUUUCACCACUUGCUGGAAGGAAAUUUGGAGAGAGGCCACCAGUUCGUAACUCUGGUGACCAAUAUGAAGGAGGUAGAUAUGGUAGGAACAGAGAACGUGGGGAAUACGGUGGUGACUACGACAGCCCUUAUGACAAUGAAGGAAACAGGUCCACGGCAAGAUCAAGGAUAAGAGCGAGGAUGAACCGCCACGCUGCUGGAGACUCUGAUGAUGAUACCCAAGGAAGCAGGUCUGUACGUUUCACGGAAGGGGGUACCCACACACAACAGAAAGAUAGGGAACGUGUUUUGGACACGGAAGAUGUCGCUAAAGGCCCUCUUAGUGGGAUAACACGACUUUACGACUCCCCUAGAGUAAUGAAAAGGUUGCAAGAUUCAGAAACCAAGAAGGAUAAACCACCUCCACCACCUGCUCCUAUCCAAAAGUUUCAACCUCCUAAGAGAACGACAGCUGCAGCUGCUCAGAGGCAGAUAAGUGAGGAGGACGAAGUAACAAAGAUCAAGAGGUUGAUGAAGAAUGCUCCUGGAGAGCCUACUUCCACAGCAACUGAGCCAGUACGACCUGCUGCCGAGAGAGUUUCAGCACUCAAGAAGACUGAAGAAGAAAGAGAAGAAAGGCAGCAGCAGUCUUCACCUGCUUCCUCUCGUUCCACUCCAUCUUCCGAGAGACCUGCGAGAAAACCAUCUCAAGAGGUUCCAUCUAGUGAAGCCGAGUCCGACGAUGGUUCCGUCAGUUCUCUGCAGGCGCAUCGGAAGUCUGCCAUCGCCGCAAAAAGCACGCCCACUUCCGGUUCUCGCCGUUCUUCCGCUUCCUCUGACGUCACCACAACAGGACCGAGACUCCCUGUGAUACUCAUCACACCCAGCUCCACCGAAGACUCUCAGGAAAGUUCCAGAGUGAAGCACACCGGAGCUGUCUUCUCCACGGCCGAGGUCAAGCAGAAGUUCCUCCGCUUCUCGGACACCCCAGGGUCGGAGUCCCGCCAAUCCAGCCCCACCAGGGUACUCUACGGAGCCAACCGAGCCAGCGUUGGAUCAACCCCUUCCACUCCUACAACUCCGACAACCCCGACCGCCAAAGUAGAGGAAGAUGAUGAGGACGAGUCUAGCACGGAAAGUUCGGAGAGCGAGGAAACUGACUCCGAGGAAGAAUCUGAUGAGAAAACCAAGCCUGCAGCCACAAAGCCGAUGGAAAAGACGGAUAUUGGACCUUUGUUGGCCCGCAGUGCGCAGGCGCGAGACACUAGUAGCGGUACUAGCACACGGCGCAGCAGCAGAGAUGAGGGCCACAGCACCAGUUGGCGGGAACAGCCCUACCGCUCUAGGGAAGAAACUUCUACCCCUGCAAGCAUUCUAAAGAGACGAGAAUCUCAAGAUCAGGAUACCUCAGGAUCAAGGUUUGCAGAUCAAUCCUCCUACCGAUCCACCUACGGUAGGGACCGAGAAGAAUCGUCUUACCAAACUAAAAUCAGGGAUUCUGAGUCAGAGACGACAGGGUCAAGGUAUGGGGACAGUUCUUCUUACCAGUCGAGAUACGGCAACAAAGAUGACACGUCCUCCAGUACUGGCUCCAGCUAUCUGCGCUCCAGAGCUGCCGCCGCUGAGCCAGAGCCUGAAACUACGACCUCCUCCAGGUACGGUUCCAGUGGAUUCCAGAGCCGAUUCCUUAACAAGAGUAAAAGCUCGGCCGCAGUGUCACCGGAAGAGGAAGCUCCAGAAAGGAAGUUCACUUCCUCCUCAACUACUGACGACAGCAGAUAUCCCAGCACCAGCCGUUCUCGAUAUUCAGCUCUCAAGGACCGCAAAACUCGGUUAGCCCGGAGUAAGAGUUCCCACAACUUCGGAGCAGAUGAUGACGAGGACCCCGAUGAGACAACCUCUCCUGCAGCCUACAUGGCAGCCAAGGGAUACAACCAGACUGGUAACGAUCUUUCCAGGAGUCGUUCCACACAUGCUCUCAAGUCCAGGGAAAACUCUCCAGAACGCACCACAUCUACAGCGGGAGCUAGCAGUGGGGAGAAGGACGGAGCAGCACUGAGCUCUUGGGCGCGGUACCUCAAGAACAAGUACGGGAACCGCGGCAAGGACGGGAAGGACACCAGUAGUGGCACCGCCUCGAGGCGACUCUCCCUGGGGCUUCCCCUAAGAACCAACUCCACCGAUGACAGUUCUGCAGACGAUCAAAAAAACCUGCCAGGCUCCCCCACCUCUCCUACUCAAGUUACGGCUCCAGCCGCCUUCAAAGGUUUUGGCCAACCAGUGUCUAAAUCCGUAAACAGAGUCGUAGGUUUCGCAGCAGUCGGUACUAGGAAUCAGUACCUGCAGAAGCGGCGGAUGCUGUUCAAGGUAGGGAGUCGGGGGAGCGAGCCUGGAUGUUUCACCUGGCCCCGCGGUAUUGCCGUGGCUCCAGACAACUCAAUCGUGGUGGCGGACUCAUCCAACCACCGCGUACAGGUUUUUGACUCAAACGGAAUAUUCUCCAAAGAGUUUGGUUCAUACGGAAACGCUGAGGGAGAGUUCGACUGCUUAGCAGGAGUGGCUGUCAAUCGAAUCGGCCAGUUCAUCAUUGCUGAUCGAUACAACCACCGAAUACAGGUGAUGGACCCCUCCGGUCGGUUCUUGAGAUCCUUCGGUGCCCAAGGAACUGUAGAUGGCAGAUUCAACUACCCUUGGGGAAUUACCACAGAUGCCCUAGGGUUCAUCUAUGUCUGUGACAAAGAAAACCAUAGAGUUCAGGUAUUCCAAUCUGAUGGCACUUUUGUGGGUAAGUUCGGUUCCCACGGUAGCAAAGUGGGUCAGCUGGAGCACCCUCAUUAUAUCGCCGUAUCUAACACCAACAAAGUCAUCGUCAGUGACUCCAACAACCACCGAGUCCAGAUCUUCGAUGUCAACGGCAGAGUGCUCAACUCCUUCGGUACCGAAGGUUCGGAGAACGGCCAGUUCAAAUUCCCAAGACAAGAUCCCAAAACCACUGGAGAUCCGACUUCUUCCCAGCCUUCCGGGAGUGGCGGUGGACGACCAAGGGUACAUAAUCGUCGGGGACUCCGGAAACAACAGGAUACAGAUCUUCAACCCGGACGGCAGCUUCCUGAGGGCGUUCGGGUGCUGGGGCUCGGGCGACGGCGAGUUCAAGGGGUUGGAGGGGGUGGCGGUGAUGUCCAACGGCAACAUCCUGGUGUGCGACCGCGAAAAUCAUCGGCUCCAAGUCUUCUAAGGAGACAGAACUCAGCACCAGCAACUACCAGCGAUUCGACGGACUCAGCUCGGGGAAAUAUGAUUCUCUUUGGUACCACGGUCAACACACCUGUAAGACUUCAUCGUCCUACUUCACAUGAAGAGAAAUAUCUUGAAUCCUCAGAUCCCUCAGACAAUUUUGUUAAUAGAUCUUCUUCUUUUGAGGAAUCAAAAAUUCCACUACCUAAUCGUUCGGUUCCGUUCACACGCUCCUCUUCUUUCGAGAAUCAGGUCCUAAAUUCCUCUAAAAAAAACGCGGGACAUUUUUAUCGCUCGUUUUCAACAGAAGAUCCGUCAUUAUAGUUCAUCUUCUCCAGCGAUUACUCCACAUCAAAGACAAUUCACAUUUGAACCCCGUCAGAGUCCGUCUUCUCAUCGUCACCCUCCUAGUCUCCACCGUUCCAUAUCCCUGGAGGAACGUGCUGUACGACUCCAACCGAUCCAAUCUGGGAGAGAACUGUCUGACCAGAGGGGGAUAUCUUCGGGUUUCUUACCAAUGACCGUUCAUCGAACCACUGGAAGUCUACCUAAAGCGAGUAUAUAUAACAGAUCUAUUUCCAUCGACUCUUCAACGACGCCUGGACAACGGAUACUAGGCGCUGUUCCUCCUCAUCUACUUCAACGAAGAUCUAGUGGUGCAGGGCUUCCUCCCAGACGACCAGUGUCUUCGCGUCGUCUGUCCAUCUUUUAAAUUAUUAACCCAAAAGUCGGGCAAAAAUUCCGGAAGUAUAGUAAAGUUAUUGAUGUUUUGUACAAUUGUUUGUUUUACAUUUUAUAACUCUUGUGUUUGUUUUUGUUUGAUUGAAUAUAUACACAAAUCUAAUAACCGUGGACGUUUUAUUGGUUGUCUUAGAAAAACAGUUUUGCAUUUAUUCUAAUUAACAGAAAUAACUUUAAGUAAUAACAAGGUGAUAUCUUUGUUGAUAAUAAUGUUCAAUAGACCUUGUUCAGCAAUACUAAUUAAAUUUGUAUACAAUAAACUAAUCACUAUUUAAUAGUAGGAAACGCAAAUAUAAUUUAUUGUAACCCUUAAUAACGAUCUACGGUUAAUAAUUUGUUGUUCAAACAUGUCUCUACUUGUUUGUUACGAAACGAGUUGAAGACUGAAGUGGUGAUUGCUAUAAAAUUAAUUAAAAUAUCUUUGUUAGAACAUUUUGUAACAUAGGUGUUAAGUGAUGAUUUGUUUAAAAUGUUGUUACAGAUAAAGAUGAAAUACUGACAAUAAAAUGUUUUGAACUGUU